CACCCACCGUAGGCGGGGGACGGGGAGCUGGUGUGAAAAGGUCUCCUUGACACCCGACCCUUGUUCCUGAGGAAUGAGUCUCAGCGGUCUCCGCCCGGCUCUAAACCCAACAACCUCCCUACCCCGCCUCCUUCCUCCCCCUAGUGGGCAGCGCCUGCGCACAGUGCCCCUUUUGGGCUUGCGCGCCUAGAGGCAGCACGUGCUGGAGAUGAUGCCCCGCCCUCCGUCUUGGGGGCAGGGACAUUACGUUGCUUCCUCAGGUUUGGUAUACGCUGCAAGCGUCAGCGCGACUUGGGGGGCGUAGCCUCCCAGCGAAAGGGGCGGCCCUUAUGAAUUAUUCACGACAGACGGUGUUCCCCCCGCCCACGUAGGUCUUCUAUAAGGGAGCGCAAGGGGUGCACUUUAAUGGGGAGGAACGCGGCGCAGUGACCAUCUUACUACGAACUAUUCUCAAUAACAUGCGAUAGACCAUUUAAACUCGGAAAUACCUGCUGAGUUGGAAAAAACAAACACUAAAACAGCUAAAGUUGUCUAACUUCCUCUUCUCCGAAAUGGCUGAGUCGUUCUCUUGCUCCUGCGCGAUCGUUCCCAACUGGGAUCACCUGGUUACACCACGCUUUCCUCUCUGCCUCCGCCCACUAUCCGGAGCCUGCCCUGCGUGAGAGCCCGUCCAUCCUCGGCUCCCAGCUGUUCUCCACCGUCACCAGCUUGCACACGGGCCUUCCAGACUUGAGUGGCGGCUUGGGGCUUCCUUAUAUAAGAGCGAGGGCGGGUGGGUAAGGGGACUUUCCCGUUUUGAAGCCACUGCUUCGGCUAAUGGGAAGCAGCAGCGAAUGGACGCCGUUUCUCUGGGGUGAUAGGUGGCCUAGCCGCCCAGUCAACUGAAAGUUUAGUUGCAGGCGGUAGAGGCGAGAAUUGAGCUCAAGAUCAUCUCAAAUUAGAUGGGAAUAAAGGCGUGAAAGAGACUAGAAGAAAGACUAGGACGCCGCAAGAGAAAUGGAAGGAAAAAGCAGUCUGGUGUAGAUAGGGAAACUAGUGAAAUAAACGUAAUUCAAGAAUAAUCAGGCGUUGUUGCUGCAGCCUAAAUAUAAACGAAAUCAGCAAGCAUCAUGGGACUUGUAGUCUUCGGGAGUGUUAGCAGAUAACGAAAUGGCCCAGCUACGCAAAUGCAGACGCGGGCGUCCAGGUGCGCAUGUGCUCAGAGUCCUGGAGCACGCCGCUGGGGCGGAGCUUGUCAACGUCUUCGCGCCUUCUCCUAGUGGCGGGAAAAGUAGAUCGAGGUUGGAGUUUGCAGAAUCGCUGCAACAACUCGCGCUGCUCCUCGCCUUUAGGUCCUCCUCGCCCCGUAAGGCAAAGAAAGUGUCAUUUCUGAGAUGAAUGAUGGCAACACUGCAGAAGAAAGAGGAAUGUGGAAAGGGACCAAAGAAAGCCUUUGCUCCACCUACACAAAAAUUGCAUAGCAUGAUACCUAGUAGCCCUGAUUCACCCAAAGAGACUCUGGGGAUCGGUUCCUCAAAGGCUGAGGCCAAGCCGAGACAACCAAAGGCCAGACUAGAGAAGAAGGAGAAGGCUGUCAGCGAGAAUGGUCCAAGGCUUGGCCGUGAGAAGAAGGGAAAGGCUCAAGACAGGAAGCCAAUAGAGAAGAAUGGAAAGGAAAAAUUAAUUCUUACCAAUGCAGAAUUUGAGGAGAUUGUCCAGACUGUGCUACGCAAGUCCCUCAAGGAGUGCUUGGGGAUGGGAUCUGGCCUUAAUUUUACAGAGUCAUCUUGUGUAAAGACAACAGUGUGUAUCCAGUCGGACAAAGAACCAGAAAUUGUUGCUUCCGAUACUGAUAAUGAUAAUGCCAGUGGGGAGAAGAUAAUGGUACCUCAUACAUCAGAGAUUUCAGCUUCUCUGGAAGGUGAAGUUACCCCUGAGAUAAGGGCAUCUGAGCCAGGCCAAGCAAUUCCUAAAGUCUCUGAGAAGAAACUUAACAGGCUUGACUUAAGCAAAAGAAAGAAGGAGGCUCAAGAUGAAAAAAUGGAGACACCUCAAGGUAGACGCAAGCACAGACAGAGAGACCGACUGGGAUACAGGAUUCAGAAUCAUUCUCAGUCCAGAAAUCAGCAAAAAAGAAAAGGAAAUGGUUUUGGUCAUUGUAUAGUCUGGGUUCAGUGCUCCUCUCCAAACUGUAGGAAAUGGAGGCAGCUGUGUGGGAACAUUGACCCCUCAGUUCUCCCAGAUAAUUGGUCCUGUAACCAGAAUACAGACUUGGAAUAUAAUUGCUGUGACAUUCCUGAGGUGGCCUGGACAGGGAAUGAGAGUGAAGUGGUCUAUGCCUCCUAUGUUCCAGGAUCCCUCAUCUGGGCCAAGCAAUAUGGUUACCCCUGGUGGCCAGGCAUGGUAGAAUCUGAUCCUGACUUGGGGGAAUAUUUUCUUUUUGCUUCUCAUCUUGAUUCUCUUCCGACUAAGUACCAUGUGACUUUUUUUGGAGAAACGGUUUCUCGUGCUUGGAUUCCAGCGAACAUGCUAAAGAAUUUCCAAGAGCUAUCUCUGGAGCAAACAGGAGUGAAAAAGUGCAGGAACAAGGACUACACGCAGCAACUGGAAGUAGCCAUAGUGAUGGCUCAUAAAGCAAAGCAGACUGGCAUUCAGGAGCGGGUUAACUUGUUUGGCUUCUGGAAUCGAUACUGUGGACCUGACAGGAGUGAAGAAAAAAGAGGUUUAAUGGUAUCUGGACUCAGGGCUAAUAGCCCUGAGUCCAUCAUGGAGAAGGAAAAGGAGUUAGACAUGGAGGACAAAGAGAAAAAAGACCCAACUUUUCCUGGUCCCAAGUCAGCCAAGAUAAAGACCAAAAACCCAAAACCAAAAGGCAUGGCAGAUGGACAAGACAAGAUCCUGAAAAAGAAGGUAACCAAGAGAUGUCUGUACAAUGAAACCUCAGUGCCCCCUGUACCUAUCAUCGAAAGAAAAGCAGGGCAGAGGACUGCAGAUCUGGACCAACCAGAACCUAAGAAGAGAUUUCAAGUUCCCCAAAUCAAGACUUCAGCAACCAUCCUGUCUGAGGAAAAGGAAGUUGGAAUGGUGCCAAAGGGUCUUACCCCACCAACUCAUCCCAGAGCCUUUCCUUUGCUGGGGACAGAAAGCCCCCAGGAGCCAGUGAUUCAGGAGCCUGGAAGUGUCUGUCUUGAAGAUGAAGCCUCUAGUGACCUGGACCUGGAGCAAAUCAUGGAAGAUAUUGGAAGAAAGUCUGAAGAAAGAGGGGAGUUGUGAGACUGACAUGGUGCCAGGGAUUCACUGUGGCCUCCUUUGAUAAGUAAUGGUGCUCUCCUGCCCGCUUCUUGUUCUCUCUGAAGUAACAGGGAAAGCCUUUCAGUUCAGUUUCUGACACGUUCCUAAAUGUUUGGGUUACUAAUUGCUGACAAGGUUCAAGAGCUUUGCACUUUAUGUUAAUAAAGUGGGUUAUAUUUGUG